AUGGAUGGUUUCUGUCCUUACUACGUCGACCCACAGCCUUGCGGCGCCUCCUCCGAGGUACCGGAAUCUUCGUCCGCUUCCGACAACAGCAGUGCUCGCCCUGUAUCCAUGAACUUUUCGGACGAGGAGGUCCUUCUGGCGUCCACUUAUCCCAAGAAGCGGGCCGGUCGGAAGAAGUUCAAGGAGACUCGGCACCCCGUGUACCGUGGUGUCAGGAGAAGGAACUCCGGGAAGUGGGUUUGCGAGGUGCGGGAGCCCAACAAGAAGACCAGGAUUUGGCUCGGGACUUUCCCCACCGCCGAAAUGGCAGCGCGCGCUCAUGACGUGGCGGCCAUCACGCUCAGAGGUCGGUCUGCUUGCUUGAACUUUGCCGACUCCGCGUGGCGGCUGCCUGUCCCGGCUUCAGCCAACGCCAAGGAUAUUCAAACCACAGCUUCCGAGGCUGCUGAGGCGUUUCGGCCACCUGCGGAGGGGUCGGAUGAGGUUUCUGGAGCUUCGGCGGUGGCCGCGUCAGAAUGCGCGUCAGCAUCGGAACAAGUGUUUUAUAUGGAUGAGGAGGCUGUUUUUGGGAUGCCAGGACUCCUCGCAAAUAUGGCCGAAGGGAUGCUGUUGUCUCCACCUCUUUACACCGAGGAUGAUGACGACGUGGAAUUAUAUGCUGACGUACCACUAUGGAGUUAUUCCAUUUAA